AUGUGGCUACCGAAAACAGAUGCGACAAGUAAAGGAAAAAAAAGUGGUUCAGUGGCUGUUGCAAUAGACAAUGACAAAACUAGCAAAAUUGCUCUCAAAUGGACAUUGGAGAAUCUUACUUCUCGUGGCCAAACUCUUGCUCUUAUUCAUGUCGCUCCCAAAUCUCAAUCCUCUUCCGACAUUGAAGACGGAACAAUGCAUAUGCAGCACAUGGAUAAGCAAACAAAAGAUCUCUUUGUAUCUUUUCAUUGUUACUGCAGCCGUAAAGAAAUCCAAUGUCUGGAUGUAUUGCUUGAAGACGUAGACAAAGUCAAAGCCAUCGUGGAAUAUGUUACAAUUUCUGCGAUCGAGAAUUUAGUACUUGGUGCUCCUUCAAGAAGUAGCUUAAUGAGAAGAUUCAAAACGGAUUUACCAACGAGUGUUUCAAAGGCAGCUCCAGAUUUCUGCAAUGUUUACGUCAUUUCCAAAGGCAAAGUCUCUUCCUUACGAAGCUCCUCACGUCCUGCUCCUUACCAUCCAUCAGUUCUCAGCGACUUUGACUUUGAGAAUAAACCUAAAAUAGUCAACACACCGGUAUCUCCUAGGCCACGAAGAUCAGUUGAUACAAGGUUUACGAAACCGACACAAGGACAUAUGAAACUAAUUGGGGACUUCUCAGAUUCAGAGUCCGAGUAUUCAUUCAUAAGUGCUUCACAUCAAGGAUCAGAAAACUCCUUUAUCAGCAAGGGGACGCCGAGUAGUGCAGACAGGUGUUCUUUUACAUACGAUUUACCAGACUCAGCAAGAACAUCAAGAAUGUCAACUAGCUCAGAGCAGAGCAUAGGGUCACAUAGAUUAGGAAUCAAGUUUACUGAUUUGGGUUUUCUGAAUAACUCUUCUACGGUUUCUGAGGAUAGUGGAAGAACUUCUUGCUCUUACUCAUCUCAGAGCUUGGAUGAUGUUGAAGCUCAAAUGAGGAGACUGCGUUUAGAGCUAAAACAAACCAUGGAUAUCUAUAGCUCAGCUUGUAAAGAAGCUUUAACCGCAAGGCAAGAGGCGACAGAGCUGAAAAAUCUGAGGUCAGAAGAAGAAAGACGAAUGGAAGAACUCAAGAUGACAGAGGAGACAGCAAUGUCAAUGGUGGCAAAUGAGAGAGCAAAGGUUAAAACUGCCAUGGAAGCUGCUGAAGCUGCGAACAGGCUUGCCGAAGCAGAAGCAAAGAGAAGACUAAACGCAGAGAUGAAGGUGUUGAAAGAAAGUGAUUCUUCCUCUGGACAGAGCAUCGUUCGAUACAGAAAAUACACUGUUCAUGAAAUCGAAGAAGGAACUGAUAAUUUUGCAGAAUCAAGAAAAGUAGGAGAAGGAGGGUAUGGGCCUGUGUUUAGAGGUCAUCUUGAUCACACAAGUGUUGCUGUUAAGGUUUUACGUCCUGACGCUGCUCAAGGAAGAUCACAGUUUCACAAAGAGGUUGAAGUACUAAGUUGCAUAAGGCAUCCAAACAUGGUGCUUCUCUUAGGAGCAUGUCCAGAAUAUGGCAUCCUCGUCUACGAAUACAUGGCCAGAGGAAGCUUAGAUGACCGUUUAUUCAGACGCGGAAACACGCCUCCCAUUUCGUGGCAGCUACGUUUCAGAAUCGCUGCUGAGAUAGCCACAGGUCUCCUCUUCUUACACCAGACAAAACCAGAACCAAUUGUCCACAGAGACUUGAAACCAGGAAACGUCCUCCUAGACCAAAACUACGUCAGCAAGAUCAGCGACGUCGGGCUUGCAAGACUCGUCCCAGCCGUAGCAGAGAACGUGACACACUACCGAGUGACAUCAGCUGCAGGAACGUUCUGUUACAUCGACCCUGAGUAUCAACAAACAGGAAUGUUAGGUGUGAAGUCUGAUGUUUAUUCACUAGGAAUCAUGCUUCUGCAGCUUUUGACUGCUAAACAGCCGAUGGGUUUGGCUUAUUAUGUGGAACAAGCAAUAGAAGAAGGGAAGUUUAAAGAUAUGCUUGAUCCUGAAGUACCAGACUGGCCACUAGAGGAAGCUUUGUCUCUUGCUAAGUUAUCGCUACAAUGUGCUGAGUUGAGAAGGAAAGAUAGGCCUGAUCUUGGUAAAGAAGUGAUGCCUGAGCUUAAUAGACUUAGAGAGAUGGGUGAAGAGAGUCUUGAGAGUGUUUUUUUUGCUGGACAUGGACGGAUGACACAUGCUAGCCAAGUCUCCUAUACAUCGGAAGGUAGAAGUGCUCCUUCUAUAUCAAAUCCAGGAUCUUCUAUAUCAAACUCAUAG